AUGCUGAAUGACUUUAGUGUAGAGCUGCAAGGAAAAGAUAAAACCGUGACCAAUAUGAUCAGCUCAGUUAAUGCUUUCAAACGAAAAAUGCAACAUCUCUCCUCAAAGCUGCAGCGCCAUGAUUUGGCAAACUUAAAGAACCUCACAUCAGAACUAGAGACCCAAGAGAAGGCGUGUGUGCAACUUGAAAGUGCACGCUACACAGAGCAGAUUGACAAUUAUCUGUCAAAGUUUAACAAACGCUUUCAAGACUUUGCUUUACUCGAGCCAGUCGCUGCAUUCAUGUACUACCCUUUUCGGGAAGAUGCUGAGGUUGAUUCACUCGCAUCAAAAAUUGUAACACUGCUUCAUCUGAACUCUUCUAGAGUGGAGGAUGAGAUUUUGAUACUACAGCUGAAGUCCAGGGCCCAUGAACAGUUCUGGAACUUACUCACACAGGAAAAGUACCCCAACAUGAGGAAAUGUGCUACCUCCUUGACUGCAUUAUUCGGCUUCACUUAUUUAUGUGAGUCAGCCUGA